AGCUACGUGUUUGUACAGCAACGAGGCACUGAAGGGAUCACUCAACAUUAAUUGGAGCCCUACCCCUCCCCAUGGGUUUCCACUUCCUCAACUCGUCGGCGCUGUUCAUCUCUCAGCAGCCCUUUAACGCCUCAGCGUGGGAGCACACGGUAUACGAGGGCUGCCGCGAUAUGCCGGCUGUGCUCAUCUGGUACCUGUGCCUGCAGUUCAUCAACAUGUUCCUGGGAAUCCCUGCAAAUAUCAUGGUCCUGUGGCUCAUCCACAAAAACAAGGGCGAUUCAUCCACGUCGGACAUCUUCAUCCUGCAACUGGCCAUCCUGGAUGUGCUUUUCUGUCUCAUCCCGCCAUUGGAGCUGGCCAACAUUGUGUUCCUCACCACCAGCAGCACCUGGUAUGUGCUGCGCUUCUUCUACGGGAUGAAAGACUCAUCGCCGCUCUUCCUCUCCUGCAUUUGCCUGGACCGCUAUGUGGCCGUGGUGCACCCUGUCACCUUCACCGAGCUCAAGGACCGCCACCACCGGGCCGGCCUGGCUGUGCUGGUGUGGCUCGUCACGCUGGCUUAUGCCGCCGCCAAGUGUGUGGGUCACAUCGUCAACUUUGAGAAGGUCUUCACCGCCAUGAUCCUGGCCACCUUCGCCUUCAUGGUGUUCUGCAACAUCGCCAUCCUGUUAGUGCUGCGCAAGUCCGGGCCCGGCCGGGACGAAAUGCACCCGGUGAAGAAGCGAGCCUUCAAGAUGGUGCUCAUAAUCCUCGCCAUCAUCGUCUUCAACUAUUUCCCGCCGGUGGCGCUCUUCCCCUUUCAGGACUACUUCUCACCCAACGUCUUCCGCUGUUACAUCCAUUACGUCGCCUUUGGUCUGAUGGACUUCAGUAGUAGCAUCCAGCCCAUGCUCUACUUGUCUAAGGAGAAAGUCGGAUGUCCCGGCUGCUACCAGGCCAAUGCCACACCCCUCCAGUAGCUUCUACAGUGUGAAAAUAGUUGGGAGACAGCUGCCCGAAAAAAGUCUGCAUUAUGUUUUAGUGGAUUUACUGCAUAUACAAUUUGGAUUAUUAAAAGAUACCCUGUACAAUAAUUACAAAAAAGCAGAAUGUUUUUUUUUUUUUUUUUUUAUAAAUCUUGCUGAGAGGUACUCGUCAAAAUUAUACAAUAGCGUGGGCCAAAAGUAGGUUGACUGUACACUUUUCAAAUUAAGGAGGGCUAGUAUCAAAGAGGGGAAAGAAGGAAGAAUGAUAGGAGUGAGAAAGUAUGCAAGGUAGUUAGGAAGGAUGGAUAGAGAGAAACAAGAAUGUAUGAAAGGCAGAAAAGAAGGUAUGAAGCAUACAAGGGUGACAUGAAAGGAAAGAAGGAAGGAUGAUAGAAGGAACAAUGAGGAGAGAAUGGCAGACCUUGACCUUGAUUCUAAACAGGAAGCCAACAGAACCCCAACUCACACUUGAAACCGUUGCCUUUGUUUGACGGUCCAUUUUGAAUGCUGAGAUUUAACUGUCUUUAAUAAACUUAACUACAAUAUG